AGGUAAAAAUGAAAAGGUCUUAUCACGGUUAUCAUUGUAUUCAUUAUAAUAUUUAAUUAGAUGAGUUUUUCCAUCAUUUUUAUUGAAUUUUGAAUUAUAGGAUAAAGUUUCAUUCUCUUAAUAAUACAGGCCGUAAUUCGUGUCUUUAAGAGUAUGCCAAGAGUUUGAAUUUCGGCUAAUUCUCAAGCGAUGGAAGAAUCAAAGAAAGGUGCUCAAAGCCCCAGUGUAGAGGAUCUAAAAAACAAGGGAAAUGAAUGUGUUAAAGAUGGAAAGUUUAUUGAAGCGGUACUGCAUUACACCCAGGCUAUUAAAAUGGACCCGAAUAAUUAUGUCUUGUACAGUAACCGGUCCUUCGCGUUCUUGAAACUAGACCAGCAUUACUUAUCAUUGCAAGAUGCAAACGAGACGGUUAGGUUACAGCCCCAGUGGGCUAAGGGAUAUUUCCGUCGAGCUGAAGUGGAAGCGGCCAGUGAAUUGUACGAUGAGGCGCUCAUAUCAUACACCAGGGCUCUGCAGUUGGACCCACACAACACCAAGUUGAUGGAAUCCAUUAAGAAUAUAAGUGAAACACAGAAAAAGAAAUAUAGAGAUAGUCAAAAUAUCAUGUGGAUUUGCUCAUGUGUCGGCCUUAUAUUUGGUAUUGUUAUUGUUAUACUUGAUUAUAGUUUAACCAAGACCCCAACAUUAUCGAAUCCAUUUAGCAUGGUAGCGUUUUCAAUGGCCCUGUCUGGCAUUGGGUGGAUGGCGGGCAAGGCUGCGACCAUGAUGGGCAGCAGUCCUGGUAAAUCACUUCUACCGCCAGAGGACUUGGGUGUUAAUAAUGAUGAUUCGAAAGAGAAAGAUACUCCAACGGAAAAGAAGAAAUACAGCAAAGCUCAGGCAAGACACAGAUACAAGCAGGGCAAGCUCUAGUCCAGGGUUAUAUUUUGUUUCAAUAAUUUUGGAUAGCUAGGCUAUUAUUAGGCCCAAUUUGUCUAUAUCCGGGAUGUCACGAAUAUCGCAUUCUUCAUAUUCGCGAAUGCGAAUACGAAUGUCCAGGAUGCGAAUGUCCGAAUGCGGAUGCUAAUGUUAGGGAAUAUGUAGUUUUUACCAUCAUUCUUAAUUAGAAAAAAAUCAGUUAGUACAUAAAACAUAUGUUACCUUAGAACAGGAUGUUAUAGUGUUGAAAAAUGCUGUCUACUGGUCAAAAUGCAUCGCGAGUCGACGAGACAGGACACGACCUGCGCACAUUCGCAUUCGCAAAACAUUCGCUUAAUUUGAUGUGAAUAUUCAUGACAUCCCUAGUCUAUAUUUAUAACUUGUCUGUACUGUUCCCGACUCUCCUAAGCAAACCAGCAUCAGAGAGAUUUCAUUAAGCAUCCGAUGUUCAUCUCUAUAUUCACGGGAUUUGCAGGCGUCCAUAGGCUACGGUGACUGCUUACUAUCAGUCGGGCCGUAUGCAUGUUUGCCAACGACGUGGUAUAAAAAAAAUUUGCCUAAUACCAAUUUGUCAUUGACAUUUAUAUCCUCUGGAAACAAAAAUAAAUAUAUUAAUGGUUGGGGGUAAUACAUGGCUGUAUUAUAGAAAGUAAAAACUUUGUAAAUUAGUUUCAAAUUUACUUUAUUUUGCCCAAGUAUCUGGAAUCUCAGAUCACAUUUUCUGUUGAUGGGUGAUACAUAGUGAAUGCUUUCAAACUUAUGCGAAGUACUUACAAUGUUACGAAAAUUGUUCAUAGACUUACAAUUCAUGUCAAGUUAUAGUCAUAUCAGACACUAAACUUGACGAAAUUCAUUAGUUAGUUACUCUCAAUUGAACUAAUUUCGGUGUCCCAUUUUAGUACCGUAAAAGCACCCAAAUAUAUUCCAAUUAUGUAUCUAUACCAUAUUUUUUGUUUAUACUGAGUUUUUCUCCCAUUUAUAUAAAUAUUUUGCCUUAGAACUACAACAUUAAAAUAAUAGUCACACUUGGAACCCAUUUCUCGAACGGUAUUAGUCUAAUAUUAUUAGUGUGUUGCCAUGGUAACCCAUACGACUUGACAGGGGCCCAUUUCUCGAACGGUAUUAGACUAAUAUUAUUAGUCCACGACAUGUCAAGUCGUAUGGGUUACCAUGGCAACACAAUACCGUUCGAGAAAUGGGCCGCCUGAACGACGAUAUUAGUCAAUUUUCGGACCAUACUUGGGAGUUUCUGGAGUACCUAUAGUUGGGUGUUUCUACGGUACCUAAAACAAAGAUCAUAGGCACAGAAAUACUUAACCCUUUUCCAGGCCGCAAUCUACAAGGUUUUAAAAAAAAAAAACAAAUAUGUAUAUUCCAAUGAAUCCAACUUUGAUGAUUCAUUUGAAGACAAGUCAUAUUUCCCGAAAGUCAAAUCUAAUUGAACCUUAAAUCGGAUUGCUAGGGUUAACAUUCUAUUGGCGCGUAUGUGGGUCGAAAUUUUUUCGUUGUCUUGUUUCUGACUAUUCUGUCACGCUUGUAUUGGUGGCUUCUAUCAAAUAAAUAAAGUCGAGUGCUGUUGCAUGUCUUUAUAGCUAUAGGUUAUAUUUUACUUGAGAAAAAUUAAAAACGAAAAAUCAUCCCACACAAAAAGAUACACUCCGUCACAUUGUUUUAGGGACAAGAAACAAGAUAACGAAAAGAAUUUUGACCCAUGUGAAAAGGAUUAAAGUAGUGCAAAAUAUUAUAGCCAAAAAUUAUCAGUACCUUAUAUUAGUUAGGGUAUCAAGGCGCUAAUGUUUGGCAAAUUUACCAGAAAUAGUCGUGCAAUUUUGCGGCCAGGGGCCAAUUUCUCGAAGGGUAUUAGACUAAUAAUAUUAGUCCACGAACUGUCAAGUCGUAUGGGUUACCAUGGCAACACACUAAUAAUAUUAGGCUAAUACCGUUCAAGAAAUGGGUCCCAUAACAUUUUGCACUACUUUAUGCGUCUUGGGGCCUGUUUCGCAAUGUCAAAGUCCUCUAUAGCUACUUGCCACUUAUCUGACGAAUAAAGUCAUCGUUGCCGUUUCACAAUCUUAAAACAAGCUGAACUGGUAGAUAAAGUGAUAAGUUUUGUAGGAAAUUAUAUCUGGCAGUUAAUUUAGUUGCCAAUUAGUUAUCCAAUACUUUACUUGGACAUUGUGAAACAGGCCCUUGGCAUUCUUUUGUAUAAUAUACCAUAAAAGGCAAAAAAUGGCUGGGUGCAACUAAAUUUGAUUAUUGUGUUUUAUACUGUAGAAUUUUCUACGAUUAUUAAAAAAAUGUUUCCAAUGAAUGUAAAUAUGUAACUAUUUGGAAUAUGAACAUUUUGUGUACGAAUAAAAAAUAAAAUUAACAAAUUAA